AUGGAAGCUCAUAUCUCUAUUCAUUUAAAGCUACCCCCUUCCUCUCUGCGACCGGGAGCCAUUUGGGUGGUUAGUGAGGAACAGGAUGUCUCGAUUCUGGAGUACAUAUCAUCUACUUGCACUUGCCGAACUCAGUUGAGUGAAUCUCAUGGCGCGAAGGAGGAAGAAUAUGAAAGCCACGGAUACGUUAAUCGUAGUGGACGCAAAUACCGUCGGCUUCGAGCUCUGAAGAAGUUACCAGGUCUGCAGCUCGGUCUGGUAGAUUGGGAGCCAGUAUGGGAGGCAUCAGGCAAGUUGGGAGAAGGCACAGAUCACACAGGGUUCACCUCAGGGGAUCAAGACCCAGCACACAUUGAAUGUAGUGCAUUUUCCAGGAUUCUCGGGAGCCGAUUGGGCAGCGAGGGACCCGAGCAUCUGGUUCAGUGGUCUCCGACUUGGGAAGAGCUAGAGACGUUGGAAGCAAGAUCAGUGGAGGAAUUUCAGAAGAAUCAUCAGGACAUACUUAGUCUGCUCGGCGUUGUUGAGGCGGUGGUCGACGGUGUUCAGGGGACGGGGUGCCCUAGGAAUCCACAGUAG